UUCGCUCCAGAAGAUCGAAAUGCCGGUGAGAAGCUGUGAUCUUCACUGGAAUCGCGCUGUUGGGUAGUCUCCUCUCUCGAUUCGCCCAUCUGGGUCGAUUCAUGCGUCGCCAGUCAUGCCACUCUCCUUCAGCAUCCGGGACCUCGAUCCAGAGACGAGCAGCCCUUCCGGCGCGGGUACCGCGGGCGGUACCGCCGGCGCCGCCAGCGGCACGCCGCAGCUCAGCCCCAGUGUCGUCGUCAUCAUCGUUCUCAUCACGGUGGUGUUCUUCCUCUCGGGAUUCCUCCAUCUCCUCGCGCGCUGCUUCGCUCGCCCAUCGGCAUCCACCAACAAUGGCCUCUCGCGGCGGAACAACAGCAGUGGGUCGCUCAACUCGCUCCAGGGCCAGCUCCAGCACCUCUUCCACCUCCACGACUCGGGCGUAGAGCAGGCAUUCAUCGACGCGCUGCCCGUCUUCCUGUACCGCGCGGUACGCGGCCUCAAGGAGGGGGCGGACUGCGCGGUAUGCCUCAACGAGUUUUCCGGCGACGAUCGUUUGCGCCUCCUCCCCAAGUGCAGCCACGCCUUCCACAUCGAAUGCAUCGACACUUGGCUGCUGUCCCACUCCACUUGCCCGCUGUGCCGCUGCAGCCUCGUGCCCGACGCCUCCAGCUCAGGCUGUACCGCGGCGGUACUGGGCGGUAUGAGGGUCGAGUCCUUCGGCGCCAGUAGCAGCGUCAGCGCCGCCAGCUUUGGGGCCGAGUCCUCCAUGGCCGAGGAGGGAGGCGUGGGAGGAUCGCUAGAUCUCGCGGGCGGCCGCCAGGAAUCGCUGCGAGUGGUGCCAGUCAAGCUCGGGCGCUUCUGCCCAGCGGCAGCAAACUCGGGAGAAGAAUCGGCAGCGCCCUCCGAGACCGCGGCGCUGAGCCGGCGAUCCUACUCCAUGGGAUCCUACGAAUACGUCCUGGAUCCAUCCACUGGCGGCGCGGGAGGAGGAGAGCAGCAGCAAGUCGCACUGGUGGUGAUUGCGCCGACGCCCAUGCACAGAAAGUGGCCGCCGCCGCCGCGCGGUACGCCCGGGCACCGCGCGGCACUGUCCGAGUGUAUACCCGAGCGCGAGGGCGGCAGUCCGUGGGUCACCAUCGACAUUGAUCCGCGACCAAUGCUAGCGGCCGGCGGUACGUCGCGGGCGUCAUCGUUCCUGAGCUGGGCGCCGUGGAGGAGGAACUCCAAGGCGCCCAGCAGCGUAGGCGAUAAGAGCUUCGAUUCGGACAAGGUGAAAUCCUUCUCGUUCCGGCUGAAUGUGGAUCAAGGGCAGCAGCAGCACGAGGAGCCGCAGCAGCCGGCGGUGUGGUGGUGGAAGAACAGGGGAAGCUCGCACGAGCAGCAGGGUAGUACCGCUGGCGGUACCGGUGGUACCGCGGCGGUAUGCAGUUGGGACCAGGCGUCGGUGUGUAGUACGAACGCGGAGAUGAAGAGUACGGGCUCUGCGACAUCAUCAAUGACCACCGUGUCGAUUGCGAGGAGAACGCUGCAAUGGUUAAUGGGUAGAGACAAACACCAUCACCGAUCAUCGGCAGAGGAGAUCACUGGUCACUGAUGGAACGAAUCGAUCUGGGUUUUCUCCUCGCAUUCUCUGAUUGAUUGAUUGAUCGAUUGAUUGAGCGAUCGAGCUCUAGGAGUGAGAUUUUAGUUCUCCUGUUCGUUCCCAAGAGAAGCUAUGAUUGGAUCGAUCGUUCUCUUCUUUUUUUCUCUUUCUUCACUGGAGGACGAAACUAGUCUUUUUCUCGUACGGGGAUUUCGGAAGUGUUUGUUUGUUUUACUUUGGCUGUGGAGAUCUUUGUCUCCAGAAGGAAUGGAAUGGAAUUUCCCUUUUCUGGAAGCUUGCUGUGACUACUUUGCUCGACGCAGCCAUCACUGACAAUGCCGUGGAAAACGAAAACAAGAGAAAAAUGGAUUGUUUUGAGUUUUUCGGUGAUUGGGAUUGAGAGAACCGGUGGUUUUGUUUGCAGUGAGGCGAGAAUUCAGUGUCUCGAGUCAGGUAAAAAGCUGACGAACACAGUUUUUACUGUAAAAAUGAGUUUUUUUUAUAUACAAGUUCGCUUUUUUUUU